AUGAGUCCUGUUGGGGAGUUUUAUUCGAGGCGGCGGCGGUUGGACUCGCAGUCUGCCCUGUAGGAUCAAUUGGGAUUGCGAUUAGGGAUGUGGUACUGGAAAGAUGAAACCAAAACACUUGAAUUCAGAAGUUUUACACCUGCAGUAGAAUCCAAGGAAAGAGGAAAGAAAGGCAAAGCAGUUCACUUUGUUGAAAUUGAUGGUCCAGCUUCAGACAGGUUGACAGAUAAAAGGUUUGCUCUAAGAGACGAUAAGUCACCCAGAGGCUUAGAGAAACGAAGUCAGCAGGGCAACGUUACACUGCAUGAUGCUAAAUUUGUGGCUUUGCUUUUGCUACAAGAUACCGAGAUGCCGCGUAUCUGUUCCUUUACAACGUUUAUGAGGAAUAAGAAUCUUGACAAUUUCCUUAUGGCAUUGUUGUACUACUUAUAUUAUUACUUGGAAAAAAUCUCACAGGAAAAGAAACCCAAAAGCUAUAUGGUGGGCCUUGUAGAGAAAAAAGAAAUGGAAGUGAUUAUCAGUAAGUUAGAAGCAGCACAGAAAUACUUGGCACAGAAGUACUGUGUCCUCGUCCUGGGCUUGGGAAUGCCUGAUAAGCAUCACAUGAGCUGCGGAAAGGGAAAAAUAUCAGAUACACAAAAAGACUGGAAAUUCUUUGAGUCCUUUUAUACAUUCUGCACAUACGUAGCCUGGAUUGUCUUCCGACGUCAACACUUCACAGAGAUUGAGGAAGAAAUAGGAAGGCUCUUUCGUUCCAACAUGUUCAACAUUCCUCGAAGGAAGCGUGAGGAUGAAGAGUCAGGAGGGGAAAAGAAGCGCAUGACUUUCGUACAAUUCAGGAGAAUGAUGGCAAAACGCCCAGCGAUUAAAAAAGCCAUUAACAUGCGCUCUCCAGUCAUGUCCACUCUGCUGCCCUCUCUCAGAGAGAAAGCUCAGAAUGUCUCUGAGAAAAAGUACCGCCAAAUAGGUGCGAAAUUCCCAGCCCAGAUGCAAGAGCCCAGGGAAACUCUGGACUCUUUGCACAUGCCAAUAGUUGGCAUCUUGGGGGAGCCUCGAUGUCAGUUCAACCCCCAUACCCUUAUCCCCCUUGAUCCAGAAGAAAGCAUGAAGUCUGGAAAACUGUCUUCCCUGAUAGAAAGAAAUAACAUGAGGAUUCAGGAUACACUGGACUUAGUCAUGAGAACACUGUCCUCUCAAACAACAUUCCCUAAAUAA